AUGUCAUAUCGAUCUUGUUGUAUUGGUGGUUAUAUGUCUCCUGAGUAUGCAAUGGAAGGGACUUUCUCUAUCAAGUCUGAUAUCUUCAGCUUUGGAGUCUUGAUCUUGGAAAUCCUCAGUGGAAGAAGAAAUAGCAGCAUCUGUUCUUCAAAUAUUCACAUUAAUCAUCAAGAAGUUCACUUACUCACUGAAGCUAAAAGACAUCAACACUCAGUUGCUGAAAUUCUUUCAAAUGGAAGAAAAGAAAUACUCAAGUCAGGUUCUGAUAGCUCUAGUAACCUCCUUCCAUGCCCUGAAGCCUCUCAAAGUUCCUGCAUCAGGUUAUUCUUUUAG